AUGGAUCAUUCCAGUUUUCCUAGCCAAAACCCUAAUUCAUCAUCCACCACUUCCUCAUCCUCAUCCUCUUUCCACGGCCACACGGGCAAAACCGGAAACACAAAACGGUCAGCGUCAACGUCCAAGUUAUCGACGGAUCCACAGAGCGUGGCGGCGCGUGAGAGACGGCAUCGAAUCAGCGAACGUUUCAAGAUUCUACAGAGCAUGGUCCCUGGUGGUUCGAAAAUGGAUACCGUGUCUAUGCUCGAUGAAGCCAUUAGCUACGUCAAGUUCUUGAAAGCUCAGAUCUGGUUUCACCAAAAUAUGCUUCUCUUCUUCAACGAUCACGAAACAACGUCGUCGUCUUGUACUUACUCUCCCGCCAGCGUCGGAGAAUCUGGACCAGUGCUCAUUGGGUGUGAUGACGAUUAUGCCCCUGUAACGGAGACGUACUCACAAGCGAUGCCAUUUACAGUCACGGACUCGGAGAAUUCGAUGUGGUUUGGGUCGGUUGAUAAUGAGCUAGAAGAAACCAUGCAUCGACGUGGCAUGUCUUAG